AUGUCGACGAAUCUCAACAGACCAUCACCACCGCCUCUGCCCAGAGAUCAGCAACGCGAAUUCGAGAACCUCAUUCGUAAAGCGCAGACGCCUUUAGCAUCGCCUUCAGCCUCGGAGGAGAUAGAUUUGACUUUGCACCCUGAUGCUCGAAAGCCGCUCCAGCCGGAAUUCGAGGGGGACGUACAUCCUACGACAGGAGAACAAGGUGGGCCUAAACGAGAGCCCGUGAAACAGUGGAGGCAGGGUGAAGGUGAUUGGAGCUUUAAGGGGAGAGUCUCCGACUUCUAA